GACUUGCUAGGUCACUAUUGUAGCAGUAAGUCCUCCUGCUUCCCAAGAGAUGGGACCUGUGGCCCAACCACCUUCUAAGCUAUCUGUUGGCCCGUCUCCAUCUACCACAUGUCCCGACAUGUGCCUGAAGUCCGGGAACUCACCCACUCCACUCACAACUCACACACUCACAACACACGCUUGGGCGCCUAAACUUGCAUAGGCCACUCCCUCUCUCGGCUUAAUCUUCGGAAUUUCCAGCUCGCUCCGGCCACCACUCCCAGUCGUGGGUGGAGUCGAAAAGGAUCCGCCCAUUCCAGGGCGCACAAAAAUUGCUCCGCACGACCACGGGUCGUCAUUCGGUCUUCCGCCCAGCUCAGCUCACGAUGUGUCACUCUCGCAGCUCCCUCCCCACCAUGACCGUUCUGCGGGCCCCAACCCCUGUCUCCUCCACCAGCCCCGGACCCCGGCGGGGAUCUGGUCCUGAGAUCUUCACCUUCGACCCUCUUCCGGAGCCCGCGGUGGCCCCUGCCCCGCGCCCCAGCUCCUCCCGCGGGCAUCGAAAGCGCAGCCGUAGGGUCCUGUACCCACGAGUGGUCCGGCGCCAGCUGCCAGUCGAGGAUCCGAACCCUGCCAAAAGGCUCCUUUUUCUUCUGCUCACCGUCAUCUUCUGCCAGAUCCUGAUGGCUGAAGAGGGUGUGCCGGCACCCUUGACUCCGGAGGACACCUCCAGCGGCGCAUCCCCCACGCCCACCCCUGCGCCCCCGGUCCUCGAGUCCCUUAAUCUGACCUCUGAGCCCUCGGACUACGCUCUGGACCUCAGCACAUUUCUCCAGCAACACCCGGCCGCCUUCUAACCGGGACUCCCCACAUCCCCCUCAAAAGAAUCCGAAAAACCAAAGAAACACCAGGUGUACCUGGUGCGCGAGAGCGUAUCCCAAACUGGGACUUCCGAGGCAAUUUUAACUGACAACACUGCAGCGGAGACUCCAGCCCAAGCCUGGGAUUAGAGGAGUACCGACACUCCGGGGCGAGACCGGGUGGGGAAGAGCGUCAUUAAUUUAUUUCUUAUUGAUCCUAAUUAAUAUUUAUAUAUGUAUUUAUGUAUGUUCCCCUAGGUGAUGGAGGGGUGUAUGUAAUAUUUAUUUUAACUUAUGCAGAGGUGUGAGAUGUGCCCCCCUACUGAAAAUGCAGAUCUCUUAGUAUUUGAGCUUUGUGGGAAACGUGGAAGCAGGGCUCCCAGAACUUGGGGAGAUCCUUCUCCCGAGAAGGAAUGGAGAGGAUCUGGGUCCUGGAGAGCGCCCGGGCUGAGGCAAGGAUGGUGGCGGGUCUGAGGUUUAGGGACUGGUAUUCCGUCCUCCAGGAUGUCACCUCCGCGGAUCUAUUGUGUGAGGCUUUGGCGGACUGUUGGGAAUAAGGUCCUUGUCCGAGGAUCUCCUCGAAGUUGCCCCCAAGGGGUGGCUACAGUGUCAAAGGCCGGUGGGCUAUCGGGGGCGGCUGUGGGGUCGCCCGGUAUGUUCUGUGAACACAAAUAAACUCGAUUUACGGUCAGCA